AUGAGAAACCAAAACAUAUAGGGAAUUGACCCUAUAGCAUGAAACAGAUUGAAAACUUGAAAAUAUUACUCACAUGUAACAAAGCAAUAAUAGACAUCGAUUCAUACUCCUAAUCUUAUGUAUUGUUAGCUGUUGAUUUCCAACAGUUGCAUUGUAGAUGCCUCAGUGGACAUCACAUGAUCAUUUCUUUUCUGCAUUUUUAUUGGCUAUGGUUUUCUGUAGUGAUCUCUGUUCGGAUGUAAAGAGAAUUAUGGGCAAAUAAGGAACGCUGAAGGCAGGAGAAAGUCUUCUCAAGGAGGAGAUGCCCAGUUGAUUAUCCAAUUAUGAAUGGUCAGCCCUGAGAUCAUUUACAUACAAUUAACAUUAUAUAGACUGAGUGGGUUUAUCUACAUAUUUAUGAAUAUGUAGAUUUAUAUUAUAUUUAUAGAUAUGUACACAUAUAUAUUGAUGUUUAACAACAGAAUGAAAAAAGAGAGCAGAUGUGAAUUUGAGAGAGAACACAGAUGGGGCACAUUGAAGGGGUUCUCAAAGGGAUGAAAGAGAAAGGGAAAAAUGAGAUAAUUAUAUUUUAGUUUCAAAAAUAAAAAAAUAAAGACUAUACAGUCAUUCUCAUGUCAUGUCUGACAGAUUUAGAAUAUGAAGCAAACAUACUUAUCUGGCACCUACACUGCUUUGUAUUGGGAUAUGCAUAAAGUUGUGUGUUAUGCAUCCAUAUAAAUUAUCUUCUUUUGGUAAAGGGAUAACAGGUUUGAAAUGAUUGAUGUAACUAAAACACUGACUAGAAGAAAUCAGCUGAGUUGUAUCUGUAGGGUUUUGUUAUACUAAGAAAAAUGUGUUUUCCUUUGGGUUUCCCCUUUCUGGGCAUUUAUAUUCUUAAUCUUUUUUUUCUUUUUUUUAAUGCUAUGACUGUAGUAUUUUUAUUGUACACAUAUUUCUGCUCUUAUAGAAGCAAAAUGGUUUAAUAAGAGAACAGAAUUUCGGUAUUUUCUGUUAGUCAUGUAAGUAUCAAGUCAGCAUAUCUUUUUUUUUUACACUUACCAUUUUUUUUAUUGGGUAUUUUCUUUACUUAUAUUUCAAGUGUUAUCCCCUUUGUCAAUUUCCCUCUGGAAUCCCCCUAUCUAUUCCUCCUCCCCUGCCUUUAUGAGAGUGUUCCCUCACAUACCCACUCACUCACUCCCAUCUUCCUACCCUGGCAUUCCGGGACACUGGGGCAUUGAGCUUUCACAGGGCCAAGGGCCUCUCCUCUCACUGAUACCCUAUAAGGCCAUCCUCUGCUACAUAUGUGGCUGGAGCCAUGGGUCCCUUCAUGUGUACUCUUUGGUUGGUGGUUUAGUCUCUGGAGCUCUGGGGGAUCUGGUUGGUUGAUAUUGCUCUUCUUCCUAUGGAGUUGAAAACCCUUCAGCUCCUUUAGUCAUUUUUCUAACUUCUCCCUUGGGUAUUCCAAGAUUUUGGGCUAAUAUCCACUUACCAGUGAGUGCCCGUUUUUAGUCCAAUGGUUGGUUGAGAGCAUCGGACUCUGUAUUUGUCAAGCGCUGGUACAGCCUCUCAGGUGAAAGCUAUAUCAUGUUCCUGUCAGCAUGCACUUCUUGGCAUCCCUAAUAGUGUCUGGGUUUGGUGACAGUAUAUGGGAGGAUCCCCAGGUGGGGCAGUCUGUGGUUGGCUUUUCCUUCAGUCUCUACUCCAGACUUUGAAUUUCCUCCUGUGAAUAUUUUGUUCUCCCUUCUAAUAAGGACUGAAACAUCCAUUCUUUGGUCUUCUAAAUUCUUGAGCGAGCUUCAUCUGGUCUGUGGAUUGUAUCUUGGGUAUUCCAAGAUUUUGGGCUAAUAUCCACUUAUCAGUGAGUGCAUACUAUGUGUGGUCUUUUGUGAUUGGGUUACCUCACUCAAGAUUUUCUCUAGUUCCAUCCAUUUCCUUAGGAAUUUUAUGAAGUCAUUGUUUUUGAUAGCUGAGUAGUAGUCCACUGUGUAAAUGUACUACAUUUUCUGUAUCCAUUCCUCUGUUGAAGGACAUCUGGGUUCUUCCAGCUUCUGGCUAUUAUAAAUAAGGCUGCUAUGAACAUAGUGGAGCAUAUGCCUUGUUAUAUUUUGGAGCAUCUUUUCGGAAUAUGCCCAGAAGUGGUAUAGCUGGUUCCAAGUAAUCUUCUUGCAACAAACCCAAAAGAAGAUAACCACAAGAACAUAAUACUACCUGUAACAACAAAAUAACAGGAAACAAUAAUCACUAUUCCUUAAUAUCUCUUAACAUCAAUGGACUCAAUUACCCAAUAAAAAAACAGAUUAACAAACUGGAUAUGUCAGCAGGACCCAGCAUUUUACUGCAUAUAGGAAAUGCACCUUAGUGACAAAGACAGACACUACCUCAGAGUAAAAGGCUGGAAAAAAAUUCAAGCAAAUUGUUCCGAGAAACAAGCUGGAGUAGCCAUUCUAGUAUUGAAUAAAAUUGACUUUUAACCAAAAGUUAUCAAAAAAGAUAAGGAAGGGUACUUCAUCUUCAAAGGAAAAAUCCACCAAGAUGAACUCUCAAUUAUGAAUAUCUAUGCUCCAAAUGCAAGGGAACCUACAUUCAUACAAGAAACUUUACUAAAGCCCAAAGUAUACAUUGCACCUUGCAAAACAAUAGUGGGAGAUUUCAACAUCCUACUCUCAUCAAUGGACAGGUCAUGGAAACAGAAACUGAACAGAGACACAGUGAAACUAACAGAAGUUAUGAAGCAACUGGAUUUGACAGAGGUCUAUAGGACAUUUCAUCCUAAAGCAAAAGAAUAUACCUUUUUCUCAGCACCUCAUGGUAACUUCUCCAAAAUUGACCAUAUAAUCAGUCAUAAAACAGGCCUCAAUAGAUACAAAAAGAUUGAAAUAAUUUCAUGCAUCCUAUCAGGUCACCAUGGACUACAGAUUGUAUUCAAUAACAACACAAACAAUAGAAAGGCUACAUACACACGAAAGCUGAACAAUACUGUACUCAGUGAUAACUUGGUCAAGAAAGAAAUAAAGAAAGAAACUAAAGACUUUUUAGAACUUAAUGAAAAUGAAGGCACAUACCCAAACUUACAGGGCACAAUGAAAGCUGUGCUAAGAGGAAAACUCACAGCUCUGACUGCCUCCAAAAAGAAACUGGAGAGCAUAUAUCAGCAGCUUGACGGCACACCUGAAAGCUCUAGAAUAAAAGAAGCAAAUACUCUCAAGAGGAGUAGAAGGCAGGAAAUAAUCAAACUCUGGGCCAAAAUCAACCAAGUAGAAACAGAACAAUACAAAAAAAUCAACAAAACCAGGAGCUGGUUCUUUGAGAAAAUCAACAAGAUAGAUAAACCCUUAGUCAGACUAACCAGAGGGCACAGAAAGAGUAUCCAAAUUAAUAAAAUCAGAAAUUACAAGUGAGACAUAACAAUAGAAUUUGAGGAAAUUAAAAAAAAACAUCAGAUCCUAGUUGAAAGCCUAUACUCAAAAAAAAAAAAAAAACCACCUGGAAAAUCUGGAGGAAAUGGAUAAUUUUCUAAACAGACACCAGGUACCAAAGUUAAAUCAGGAUCAGAUAAACCAUUUAAAUGGUCCCAUAACCCCUAAAGAAAUAGAAGCAUUCAUUAAAAGUUUCUCAACCAAAAAAGCCCAAGACCAGAUGAAUUUAGUGCAGAAUUUUAUGAGACUUUUAAAGAAGACUUAAUACAAUACUCUUCCAAAUAUUCCACAAAAUAGAAACAGAAGGAUCAUUACCCAAUUCCUUCUAUGAAGCCACAAUUACUCUCAUACCUAAACCACACAAAGACCCAACAAAGAAAGAGAACUUCAGACCAAUUUCCCUUAUAAACAUCGAUGAAAAAUACUCAAUAAAAUUCUCGCAAACCGAAUCCAAGAACACAUCAAAACGAUCAUCGAUCACAGUCAAGUAGGUUUCAUCCCUGGGAUGCAGGAAUGGUUCAAUAUACUAAAAUCCACCAAUGUAAUCCACUAUAUAAAGAAGCUCAAAGUGAAGAAAUAACACAUGAUCAUCUCAUUAGAUGGUGAGAAAGCAUUUGACAAAAUUCAACACCCCUUCAUGAUAAAAGUCUUGGCAAGUUCAGGAAUUCAAGGUGUAUACCUAAUCAGAGUAAAAGAAAUAUACAGCAAACCAGUAGCCAACAUCAAACAGUGCAGAGAAACUUGAAGCAAUCUCACUAAAGAUACUAGACAAGGCUGCCCACUUUCUCCCCACUUAUUCAAUAUAGAACCUGAUUUCCUAGCCAGCGAAAUUAGACAACAAAAGGAGGUCAAAAAGAUACAGAUUGAAAAGGAAGAAGUCAAAAUAUCACUAUUUGCAGAUGAUAUGAUAGUAUACUUAAGUGACCCCAAAAGUUCCACCAGAGAACUACUAAGCCUGAUAAACAACUUCAGCAAAGUGGCUGCAUCUAAAAUUAACUCAAACAAAUCAGUAACCUUCCUCUACUCAAAGGUAACCAGACUGAGAAGGAAAUUAGGGAAAGGACACCUUUCACAAUAGUAACAAUCAAUAUAAAAUCCCUUGGUGUGACUCUAACCAAGCAAGUGAAAGAUUUGUGUGACAAGAACUUCAAGUCUCUGAAGAAACAAAUUGAAGAUCUCAGAAGAUGGAAAGAUCUCCCAUGCUCAUUGAUUAGCAGGGUUAAUAUUGUAGAAAUGGGCAUCUUGCCAAAAGCAGUCUACAGAUUCAAUGCAAUCCUCAUCAAAAUUCCAACUCAAUUCUUCUAAGAGUUGGAGAAAGCAAUUUGCAAAUUCGUUUGGAAUAACAAAAAACCCAGGAUAGUGAAAACUAUCCUCAACAAUAAAAGAACUUCUGGGAAAACCACCGUCCUUGACCUCAAGCUGUAUUACAGAGCAAUAGUGAUAAAAACUGUAUGUUAUUGGGACAGAGACAGGCAGGUAGAUCAAUGCAAUAUAACUGAAGACCCAGAAAUCAACCCACACACUUAUGUUCACUUGAUCUUUGACAAAGAAUCUAAAACCAUCCAGUGGAAAAAAAGACAGCAUUUUCAACAAAUGGUGCUGCUUCAACUGGAAGUCAGCAUGUAGAAGAAUGCAAAUAGAUCCAUUCUUAUCACCUUGUACAAAGCUCAAGUCCAAGUGGAUCAAGGACCUCCACAUAAAACCCGAUACACUGAAACUAAUAGAAGAGAAAGUGGGGGGAAGAGCCUUGAACACAUGGGCACUGGCAAAAAUUUCCUGAACAGAACACCAAUGGCUUAUGCUCUAAGAUUAAGAAUCGACAAAUGGGACCUAAUAAAAUUGCAAAGCUUCUGUAAGGCAAAGAACAUUAUCAGUAGAACAAAAUGGCAACCAACAGAUUGGGAAAAGGUUUUUACCAAUCCUAUAUCUGAUAGAGGACUAAUGUUCAAUAUAUACAAAGAACUCAAGAUGUUAGACUCCAGAGAUUAAAAUAACCCUAUUAAAAAUGGGGGACAGAGCUAAACAUAGAAUUUUCAACUGAAGAAUAUUGAAUGGCCCAGAAGCACCUAAAGAAAUGUUCAUCAGGGCAAUACAUCAAAACAAUCCUGAGAUUCCACCUCACACCAGUCAGAAUGGCUAAGAUCAAAAACUCAGGUGACAGCAGAUGCUGGCAAGGAUGUGGAGAAAGAGGAACACUCCUCCAUUGUUGGUGGGAUUGCAAGCUGGUACAACCACUCUGGAAAUCAGUCUGGAGAUUCCUCAGAAAAUUAUAUUCUUAAUUUUAAUUACUUUUUUAAUCCUGCCUUUUUAUUUAUUUCAUGAACUGGACACUUAAUCAUGUCAAUUAGGAAUAAUUAUUUUUUUAUUUCACAUGUAUGUGAGUUAGAAUAUCACAAAUCAGUUCAAACUUUAUGAUACCUAAAAGUCAUGCAAUACAAACUAUUUCCAACAACAUAGUAAUCGCUGUCAAUAUUGUAAUUGGGGGCAUUUAGGUGAUUUUAACAGUUCAUUGCAAAUAGUUAUCAAUGGAAACAUUUAAAAAUACUUUUAAUUAAUUUUUUGUGAAAUUCACAAAUUAUAAAGCAUACUUUUAUAAGAUUUACUCCUAGCCCUUCCCCCUGAAUUUUCUCAGCUCUACCCCUUUUUCAAUCCCCACCCCCAACUUUCUGUCUUCUUUUUGUGAUACUCUAUUGUAUCUAAUUUGUGCUGCACAGCGGUGGGACCAUCCACUAGAGCAUGAUCCACCUAUCAGGUAUGCCUCUUUGAGAUUUGUGGUGUAAAUAAUGGUGAGAACCUGAGUUUGAAGUAGUCAGCACAUCAAUGAGGGCCCCUCAACUCCACAGGCUACCUAAACAAGAAAAAUGAGGGCAGCUGAGCAUGGGUUGCCAUACAGAAUCGCUUAAAUCACUCUUGACUUUUCCCAUUUGUUUCUGAGUGGUGCUGAGCUGGAAGUCUGCCCAAAUGGGGGUCUCUGUGGUUUUCGAGGUCCUGGUUCACCUUGCUGUCUUGGUUUGGACUUGUGCUUGGGACAUUGAUGUGAAUGUAAAUUGUUCUCAGGACUGGAUGAUGGUCAUCGUUAGCGCGACUUCCAGUAACACAGACAAUCCAUAUGUUUUUGCUGAUGAAUUAGUUCUGGGAAAGGGCUGCCUUGCAACUCAAGUACUCACAUAUCAGUAUGACUUUAUAUACCCUGUUUUUCACUGUGGCAUCAGGUCAAAGGUUAUCUCAGAAGAAACCAUAUGUUUUGAAACUGAGAUGUACUUUCGUCCAAGGCAUCAUUGUUCCAAACUUCAGAUAGUCCCUUUGCUGUGUUGUUCAUCUCGGAAGUCAGUGUGGCUUCUGCCAGCGUCUACUGAGGAGAACUUAAAACCACCCGAGAGUCACUUUAUGACUGACUUUGAAGCUACGCCAGAAGAGUUGGGGUUGUUAAAUGUUCACCAAGCUGCUUCCUCCCUGAAGGGGGGGAUAGAGACAGUGAAUUUCAUGAAUUUCACCAUGAAUUUCACUGUAAGACAAACCUUUUUUUCAAUAAGAAAAACAAUACCUGCAUAAAUUUCUCAUCAGAUAUCUCAUUCCUAUACACCAAAUAAACAAAGACUCUGCUCAUGAAGCUGUAUUCUUUGAUUUCUUUACUCAUGUGUAUGGCUUGUUAGUUAAAUGUUACCUAUUGGGUAACGUAUAUUAUUCAUUUAAAUUUUGUCUUAUCUUUUGUACCUAGAUUCAAGAAUAUGUUCUUAAUGGCAAAUUUGAACAUUUAAUGUUUAUUUUUUAAAUUGUGAUUGUGGUGGUGGUGCAUGUGUGUGCACAUACUCACCAUGAUGCUUGUAUAGAGGGCAGAGGACAACCUGUGGGAGUUGAUUCUUCAACUAUGUGAGUCCCAGGGAUGGAACUCAGGUUGUCAGGACAGGUGGUAGGCACCACUAACUGCUUAUCUAUCUACUAGCCCACAUAUUUUCUUCUAAAUUUUCAUGAUCUAACUGUUUUCAAUAAGAAUAAUGAACAGGGAUAGGUGUAUUAAUGCAUCAGAAUAGAAACUUUGGGCUUAGUUUAAAUUUUAACUACUAACAAGCUAACUCCUAGGAAAGUUAAAUACUCUCUUCUUUGCAGAUAACUUUAAUAUGUUUAGUGUUCUAAUUCAAAUAAGCUACAUUCUAAAACUAAUUUAAGGUGACAGCAUACUCAGAUGAUUAAUCUAUGAGAAAAUUCAAUUCAUGGUUUGAAUUUAAGCAAAUAAUCCCACCACUGAAGUUUGAUGUCAGAUGUCUCUCUCCUUCGGUAAUGUUUCAUCUGCAUUUAUAAUAACUGGCCAAGUUAACAGGCAUGGACUCAUCCUGUGGAUCAGUCCACUGGAAAAUAUUUUUUGUUGUUGCUAAGUACUUUUGUCUUUUUCCCUCUCAACAGAGAGCCUGCACUUAGAGCACAAACAAUCAGAGGUAGUUUGUGAAACUUUGAGACAAAAUGUAUCUUCCUUCAAGUAUGUUUCUUGAGUAGUUUCUCAUGGCAGUGGAAAAGCUGACUAAUAGAAGAGGCACACCAAUUUUCUCCUUUCAAGUUCUUAGAGAAUAAGAUGAACAGUUCUGGGUCAGCCAGGCUUCAGGAAGAUGAUUCUAAAACAUGUUAUCCCAGUGCUUGAUCUCACAGGCCAGUUGGUCAGACUCAGUGGGGAAGCAAUGUUUCUUAAAUGUACAUGGUGAUUUAAGGAUGAACUGGGAACAAAUCCAGUUUCCUUCUUCAUUUUACCAAUAAUUUAAGCUUCUCUCUCAUGGCUGUAUUUUUUCUAUUAAAGAAAUAACUACUGGUUUAAAGCAUACAGAGGUGCCUAAUUUUGACCUUUAAGAUGUCACUUCCUGUGACUGAAGAGCUUUGCACACCUUCUGUCUUUGAACUUGUUUACAAUGCUUGCUGAAACGGGUGCUCACAUUUUCAAUUUACAAACAAUACAGCUGAAACCUCAAGUUCCCUUGAUGACUUUUCAACUCUAAAUGAAAAAAAAAACACUUAGCUUUUUCCCCACUUUCUUGUGCUUUAUCCUUUGUCCUCUGACUCCUGUUCUUGUUGCUUUUUCUUUUGUGAUAUUCCACCUGCAAUGGCUUUUGUUGAAAGAGUAUGCGGGUGGUGGUGGCAGUGGCAGCGGUGGUGGUGACAUGGGAGUAGAGGUGGCGAUGUGUUCUGUUCUGUCUUUUGCCACUAUCCUUUCACCAAUUCCUUGUAACUUCUGUUAGGUCUAUCUUUCACCUGUCCCUGCACUUGGCUCUGUGCUCUGGAGUCAGCCUUGACCACAGGGCUGCUGCUGAGCUCCUGCUUGCCUAAUCUCCACCAUCUCUUACCCUCAAACCGUCCUUCGGUUGUGGUAUCAUGCUCUCUUCCUCUUCUAUGUUUCUAUCCAGGAUCUGGCUUUUACCAUUACUAGGUCCUCACUUUUCAUCCUUUUACUCUUCCAUGGAUUGUUCAGCUUUUCUUGAUAUCACUCAGGAUAUCCUCGGGCACAUGGACAUGACAGGCAUUUUUCAUGAGAUUGUAGCUAGGAGGAGCAAGGCGCUGGAAACUAGAGUCAAGUUCAUCCCUAGUACAUAGCUGCAAAGAAGUUGGCAAGAUUUCAUGCCUGGGCUAGUUGUGUACUUCUUUUGGUAGAGUGCUUGUUUACUGUUCCCAGAACUCAGAUUUCCAUCCCCAGCACUCUUAAAACAAAUAUGAAGAUGCAUGCCUGUAGUUUGAGAACCUGCCAAAGGAGCAGGCUCAAAAGCUCAAGGCUGUUCUUAAUUCUACAGUAAGACUGAAGCUAGCUUGAGCUCUGUGAGUCCCUGUGUCACAGUAAGAGGUUAUGUUUGCAUCCUAGGACUUUAUAGAAUGUAGAAUUCAAGAGGUUUCCAACUGCUGUAUGAUCAUUUUGACAACAGUAAGAUUCAAGAGGAGAAGAGCUUAAGGUAGAAUUUGCAAUGGAAAAAAUAAACUAAAAGGCAAAGAGUUGAAAUAUUUCCAGACUGGCCAGGAGAAGAAUGCAAAGUCACAUGUGUAGCUAAUUGAGAUUAGCAUAGACAGAGGGAUCAUGGACAAUGGGGAGAAGCCCACAAAGGAUUUUGGAGCUUUUCAAAUCUGCUCUUUAAAGCCUAGAGUUUUGAAAAUCAGAAUGCUUUGGGGAGAUGGAUGCAGGAUGGACUCCAGGUGCUCCCUGACAAAGCUCUUAGUAUUCUGCUCCCAAUAUUCCAGAAUAGCACUUCCCAGAUGCUUUAGCCAUGGCUCAAGUAAGCCUAGGUGUCAGCCUGUCCCAGAGAAGGUGUGAGAUGUGAACCUUGGUGUUGGCCACGUGUCACCAAUUAUUUAGACAUGUAAAAUAAAGGCUGUUUCUUAGAUUUUUAGACUAUUGCAGACACUUUAGAUGCCUAGGUGGGAAAUUGUGGGAAUAAAGUCCUCACAGAAACCAUAUGUGAGGUUAAGCCAUUUCCACCAUGCAAAACUACCUGAGUUCUAGUCUUGGAGGGCUUCAGACACAGGGUCUCAACCUGAGCUGAGGCCUCAGAUGAUCCCUGAAAGCCACUGGGGUACAGUGGGUCAAGGUAAGGGACUGGAGGGCUGCCAUUCAUCUUGGAACUCCCAGAACAUGGGACAUGGGCUUAGGUUAUCACCAUUACCAGCAGUGAGGUAUAGCCAAAAGUUGGUUCCAUUUAGAGGAUGAAGUUUGCCCUCUCUAUCCUCUCUUUUAGUUUUUUUAAAAUUGCUGUGACUAAAAGCCACACUAAAGAAACUUAGAAAAGUUUUAUAUCUGUUCACAAUUUGAAGGUAGCACACCAAAGGAGGGGUGGUGACAAAGGCUGCUCUGGCUGUGACGGCAGGAGUGUGACAAGGCUGGUCAGACCCCCUGUAGUCAAGAAACAGACAGGAGUGCUCAUGCAGCUCAUGCUCCCCUUCUCAUCCAGUUCACAGCCCCAGCCAUGAGAUUUCAAGUCCCGUGUUCAGGAUUCAUCUUCCAAUUAAACUUCUAUGGAAGCUCUCUCACAGAAGUAGCCAGAGUCAUAUCCAUUUCCCAGGUGAUCGUAAAUGACUAAUUAUGAGUGUCCACCCUCUGCUUUCUCUCAUGUAUCCCCCCUUGUUCCUACUAUGCUAUGGCAUGGCGCGAAGGUCCUCAGCAGUCCCAGUGUUCCCAGGACUUCUCAGAUUCUACGACCAUGAGGAAAAUAAACUCUUAUUCUUUAUAACUUACCCUGUCAGUGGUAUUCUCUUAUACCAUCAGACAACAGGCCAAUAGAGCUGGUGAAAAAUGAGGGAAUCUGAUUAUCUUCUCUAGGUCAGUUUUGUCUUCCAUCACAUUAAUUUAGUAGCGAUAGGUUAUCCUGAAGAUGGAAGAAAUGGAUUCAGCCUGAAGCAAGUUGAACAGCAAACAGCAGCUGAUGUAAUAGUAAACGCAAUAUAUUUAAGUUACCAUUGUCUUAAUUUAUGACAAAUGAACUAACCUUGCUUGGCCUGAGGGGGAUUAAACAUUUAUCAUGUCUAUAAAAACAAUUUUAGCAACAUCACUGAUACAUUAUGUAAACUCAGUCCUUCAGUGGCCACAGUAUGUUGGACCUCCUUCCAACACUAUUCAUUCUGCCUGGCUUCACCUUUUAUUACAUAGCUAGACCUGUUCUUCCCCUAUUCCACACUACCUUCCACUGACUUAGCCACAUGUUCUUCUUUUAUUUCUUGCUCCAAUAGUGUGGAGCAACAUCUUAGAG